AUGCUUUCGCUGAUCGUGUUUUACGUAAUUAACAUCGCAAUAGCUGGUUCUCCAGUAAAAUUUCUUCCUGGAUUUGAAGGGCCACUUCCUUUUGAACUUGAAACUGGGUAUAUAGGAGUACGUGAAGGAGAUGAAGUGCAACUCUUCUAUUACUUUAUAAAGUCACAGUCAAAUCCUAAAGUCGACCCUCUCAUUCUUUGGGUUGCUGGUGGGCCUGGUUGCUCCGCCCUAUAUGCCGUUGUGACUGAAAUAGGACCAGUGCUAUUUGUUGACAAGGAGUAUGAUGGGAGAUUGCCAACAUUGUCAUCCAAUCCAUAUGCUUACACAAAGGUGGCAAGCAUAAUCUUUUUAGAUUUGCCAGUGGGAACUGGGUUCUCUUAUGCUACUACAUCAAAGGCAAAUCAUUCAAAUAAUAUACAAGCAGCUGAUCAUGCUUAUCAAUUUCUUCGCAAGUGGUUAGUUGAGCAUCCAGAAUAUGGCUACAAUUCCUUUUAUGUUGGUGGAGACUCAUACAGUGGAAUUACGGUUCCAAUUGUUACUAACGUAAUAUCUUACGGUAUUGACAUGGGAAUCAAGCCAAUUAUCAAUCUUAAGGGAUAUAUACUUGGUAAUCCAGUAACAAUUAUUCCUCAUGAAAAUAACUAUAGGGUUGCUUUUACACAUGGAAUGGGGCUUAUUUCUGAUGAACUAUACGAGUCAUUGGUAGCUAAUUGUGGAGGAGAAUACGAGUAUAUAGAUCCAACUAAUGCAGCUUGUUUACGGGAUGUGCAUACAUUCCAAAAGCUUUGUAAGGGAAUAUAUGAAUACCAUAUUCUGGAGCCACUUUGUGAUCCAGUUAUUUUAGAAGUUCAUCAAUCACAUUACUCUAGAAGAUCAAUGCAUGAGAUGGUAAAAAAGCUUAAGAAUCCUGCAACGCUUCCUGGAGUUAAAUGUCGAGAUGAUUGGUAUGAGCUCUCUGUGAUUUGGGCGAAUGAUGAUAAAGUGAGAGAGGCUCUUCACGUUCGAAAGGGAACAACUGGAGCAUGGGAGCAAUGCAGAAGCAAUUACCCCUUCACAUUAACAAUCAACAAUACUCUACCAUAUCAUGCAUAUCUUAGUACCAAAGGUUAUAGGUCUCUUAUUUACAGUGGUGAUCAUGACUUAGAUGUACCAUUUAUUGCGACUCGAGCGUGGAUAUCAUCGCUAAAUUACUCCAUUGUUGAUGAUUGGAGGCCAUGGCUUGUCGAUGGCCAAAUUGCUGGAUAUACACGAGCCUACGCGAACCAAAUAACUUAUGCCACAUUGAAGGGCGCAGGGCAUACAGCUCCUGAAUGGACGCCCGUUGAAUGUUUUGCCAUGUUGAAAAGGUGGAUCUCUUAUGUACCACUCUAG